AUGCCGUGCCUUGGCGCCGCCGCACUCGCCUCAGUGCAGCUACCACGCCCCCACCCCGUCUCCCGCCUCUCACGCCGCUCGUCGCCGUCGCCGUUCUCCUUCUUCCACCUUGCUCCCCGGGACACCGCGCGCGUUCCUGCUGCUGCUGCUGUCUGCAGCCCGUCCCAGUCUUCUGCCAUUGGGGUCUCCUCUGAGGUUUUGAGGAGGAAUGUACUAUCCACACUACUAUCCACUUCAGCAGUCCUGCUCUUCGGGCCAAAGCGGAUCGCCUUAGCUGAGACCACCGGCGGUGCAUUCAGGGAGUACAUCGACACCUUUGACGGCUAUUCCUUCCUGUACCCCAAAGGAUGGAUCCAGGUCCGAGGAGCUGGUGCGGACAUAUUCUUCAGAGACCCGGUCCUCCUCGAUGUGAACAUGUCUGUCGAUAUAUCGUCCCCUUCGUCAUCAAAUUAUAAAACUGUCGAGGAUCUAGGCCCUCCGGAGAAGGCCGCAAAGGGAGUUCUGAAGCAGUACUUGACGGAGUUCAUGUCCACCAGGCUAGGAGUUCGACGCGAGUCAAACGUGUUGUCAGCCUCGUCUAAGGUUGCUGAUGAUGGCAAGCUCUACUACGAAGUUGAGGUGAACAUAAAGUCCUACGCAAGCAACAAUGAGCUAGCAGUGAUGCCGGCAGACAGGGUGCAAAGGCUGGAGUGGGACCGGCGUUACCUGACGGUCCUUGGCGUCGAGAACAAUCGGUUGUACGCCCUCCGGCUGCAGUCACCAGAGCGGCUUCUCUUGGAAGAAGAGGGGGACCUGAGGAGAGUCAUGGACUCCUUCAGAGUCAACAAGAUCGAAGCGUAAUGAAGAUUGUAGAGAAAACAGAAGUAGCAAUCAUUGCUUAACUUUGGAUGCCACCGUCGGGUGAACGUUAGUAAUUCGGUGCGGGGCACGACAUGAUCUUGUUGGUCCAUUCAAAAUCUGAAUGGUGGUGAUCUUCUUAGGAAAAACAUAAGUUGUCGUGCCCCACGUGGCAACUUCAGAACCGCGCUGCGUUGUGGAGCUCGAGAGGGCACAUUGUUCAUUUUUAAGUAGAAAAUCAAGGUUGUCUCUCAAAAUCAAAGAGUAUGUACUUAACUUCUUCCUUUAUUUCAACACUCUUAGGCAAGAUGGCGCAACACAUAACUCAAGUUACAAGCUCAGUUUGUCGGAAAGAAGUUACAAAUUCAAUUUUAUGGCAACCUACUACUCGCCAAA